CACGAACUGGAAUCUAUUGCGCUUAGACUCGACUCUGCAUUGAGUUAUCACGGAACGCAACUCUUAGGCGUCAUUGCAUUCUCGUACUUCGUCACCUGCGCGAUAUCAAUAUUACCUAUGCACAAGCGCAUAUAAAUGCUGCUUUUUCAUGCCAGGUCUUCACUAGUUCAUCAUGUCUUCUGGUGUCACCACCGACCUCUUCUUCAUGCAAUCACCCGCUAACGGCGAACGGGCCAGCGCUACGCUGCAAAACAACAGGAAUUACGCUCUGGAGCCUAAAGUAGUGACCGUCGAGAAUUAUCGGACAAAACUGAGCUCGGAGUCCAUCACUCUCGACACCGCCGGAUUCCAGCUCUUUUCCAACCGUCCCACUCAGUUCAUCAAAGAUGGGGAAGUGCAGGUUGAAGGGUACUAUGACGAAAGCAUUGCACUUCUGAAGGAAGUCACGGGCGCGAGUAGAGUUGUACUAUUCGAUCAUACCAUACGCCGCCGCCGCCCAGGUGAAACUGACAGCCUAGGAAAGCGCCAACCAGCUGCUGCCACCCAUGUCGACCAAACAUUCAAGGCGGCCAUCGCUCGGGUCCAUCGUCAUCUUCCCCCCGAAGACGUUCCAGGGCUGUUGGCCAAGCGUUUCCAGAUUAUCAAUCUCUGGAGACCGAUUGAGAACCCAGCGACCGACUGGCCUCUGGCACUAUGCCAUUUCUCUAGCGUAGACCCAGAGAAGGACGUCGAGGAAAUUGAUCUGAUUACCCCCGACAGGAAGGGGGAGGUAUAUGGCAUUAAAUACAACGAACGUCAGAGGUGGGGUUAUUUCAAGGAUAUGCGACCUGACGAGUUUGUUCUCAUCAAAUGUAAUGAAUCUCUUCAAGAUGGAAGUGUUGCUCUUUACACGCCCCAUACAGCCUUUGAUGAUCCUACUACCCCAGAAGGAACACCGUUCAGGCAAUCCAUUGAGAUCAGAGCAUUGGUAUUCUAUGAUUGAAUCUUGUAGUAGCAUACUGUGCCUUCAAGCCAUUGUGGGGUGAUUUGGGCAUAUAUUUUCUUGUACGAAUCGACAUAGUGUAUUUCAU